AUGGCCGACAUCAAGACGGGCAUCUUCGCCAAGAACGUCCAGAAGCGACUCAACCGCGCGCAAGAAAAGGUCCUUCAGAAGCUUGGGAAAGCUGACGAGACAAAAGAUGAACAGUUUGAAGAAUAUGUCCAGAACUUCAAACGGCAAGAGGCCGAGGGUACCAGACUUCAGCGAGAACUCCGAGGAUACUUAGCAGCUAUCAAAGGCAUGCAAGAGGCUUCCAUGAAGCUCACCGAGUCGCUGCAUGAAGUCUAUGAGCCUGACUGGUAUGGGCGUGAAGAUGUGAAAAUGGUUGGCGAGAAAUGUGAUGUGCUGUGGGAAGACUUCCAUCAGAAAUUAGUGGAUGGGUCCUUGCUGACACUGGACACCUAUCUGGGCCAAUUUCCUGACAUAAAGAAUCGUAUUGCCAAGCGCAGCCGGAAGCUGGUGGACUACGACAGUGCCCGCCAUCAUCUGGAAGCUUUGCAGAGUUCCAAGAGGAAGGAUGAGAGUCGCAUCUCUAAGGCAGAAGAGGAAUUUCAGAAAGCACAGAAAGUGUUUGAAGAGUUUAACGUUGACUUACAGGAAGAGUUACCAUCAUUAUGGUCAAGACGAGUUGGAUUUUAUGUCAAUACUUUCAAAAAUGUCUCCAGCCUAGAAGCCAAGUUUCAUAAGGAAAUUGCAGUGCUUUGCCACAAACUGUAUGAGGUGAUGACGAAACUGGGCGACCAGCAUGCCGACAAGGCCUUCACCAUUCAAGGAGCUCCCAGCGACUCGGGUCCUCUUCGUAUUGCAAAGACGCCUUCGCCACCUGAGGAGGCUUCACCCAUCCCAAGCCCGACAGCAAGUCCUAAUCACACGUUGGCACCUGCAUCUCCCGCACCAGUCAGACCUCGGUCACCCUCGCAGACAAGGAAAGGGCCUCCUGUCCCACCUCUUCCUAAAGUCACCCCAACGAAGGAGCUACAGCAGGAGAACAUCAUCAGUUUCUUCGAGGACAACUUUGUUCCUGAAAUCAGUGUGACCACACCUUCCCAGAAUGAAAUCCCUGAGGUGAAGAAAGAAGAGACCUUGUUGGAUUUGGACUUUGAUCCUUUCAAGCCUGAUGUGACCCCUGCAGGUUCUGCUGGAGUGACCCAUUCACCCAUGUCACAGACAUUGCCCUGGGACCUAUGGACGACAAGCACUGAUUUGGUACAGCCGGCUUCUGGAGGUUCGUUUAAUGGAUUCACCCAGGAUACUUCAUUGUUCACAAUGCAGGCAGACCAGAGUAUGUUCAACAUGGCUGAAUCUGAGCAGGCUCCACCCACAGAGCCGAAAGCCGAGGAGCCCCCUGCUGCUGUUCCACCUGCCGCUGGGCUGGACCUUGGACUGGACACCCGGGCUGAGGAGCCAGAGGAGGGGGCAGCGAUCAUCCCUGGAGUGGAGGCUGAUGUGACGGCUGGAAUCUUGGUGCCGGAGGCCGAGGGGGUCCCGGUGGAGGAAGCAGAGACAGAGAAGGUGGCUCUCCUAGCUGGAGCUGGAGCAGGUUUAGAGGAGGCCAAGACCGACACCGGAUCCGCAGAGGCCAUAGAUGGUGACAGAUCUCAGCUGGAAGAAACGGAAGCAGCGGCCACUCAGGAGAAGGUCAUCCCUUCUGUCAUCAUACAGCCCGCCUCCAACAAUGAAGGGGAGGGAGAACAUGAAGGGACCAUGGAUGCAGAAUACAAGGAGGUGACUGAUGAUGCGGCUCUUCCGGGCCCCACCAGUGAGAUGCCGGAGCUGGCCUCGGAGGAGGAGAAGGCGGCCAGGGCCCCGCAGCCUGCACCUUCUGCUCCCUCAACAAGCGAGGCCUUCCAGGAAGUGCCUCCCGGCUUCCUCUACAAGGUGGAAACACUGCACGAUUUUGAGGCAGCAAAUUCGGAUGAACUUACCUUACAAAGGGGUGAUGUGGUGUUGGUGGUGCCCUCAGAUUCGGAAGCUGACCAGGAUGCAGGCUGGCUGGUAGGAGUGAAGGAAUCAGACUGGCUUCAGUUCAGAGACCUCGCCACCUACAAAGGCCUCUUUCCAGAGAACUUCACCCGGCGCCUGGAUUAG